AUGGUCAAGCUGGAACUCAUCCUGUGUAUGGCGUCGCUCGCGCUGACGCUUUUUCUCGCCGCGCUCGACAUUAUCAUCGUCGUGACGCUUUACGACACAAUCGGACGCAAAUUUAACGACUACGCCGACAUCGGGUGGCUGGUCACCGGGUACUCGCUUUCCAGCGCGCUGUUCACGCUGCUCUGGGGCCGGCUGUCGUCGCUGUUCGGGCUCAAGUCCAACCUCGUCGCGUCCAUCAUCAUCUUCGAAAUCGGGUCGCUGAUCGUCGCGCUCUCGGACUCCAUGGGCAUGCUGAUCGGCGGCCGUGUGAUUGCCGGUAUCGGUGGCAGUGGUAUCCAGUCCCUCGUGUUCGUCGUCGCCACCUCGCUCGUCGAGGCCCGCAACAGAGGUGUCGUCACCUCCGUCAUGAGUCUCGCCUUCAUGGUCUCCAACGCCAUCGGCCCCGUCAUCGGUGGCGCCUUCACCGAGCACUCCACCUGGCGUUGGUGUUUCUACAUCAACCUGCCCAUCGGUGGUUUCGCGCUGUUCAUGCUCGCCCUCAACUACAACCCCACGGGCAAGCCGGUCUGGCACCAGCUGCGAAGCCAUCUUCACACCGUCCUCAAUUUCAAUUAUCGCUGGCUUGCGACCGCCGAGUUCUGGGCCACUGCUUUCAACUUCUUCUUCUAUAAGCUGGAUUUCGUCGGCUUCGCCCUCUCCUCAUCCGGCUUCGUUCUUCUACUUCUGGGCAUCACUUUCGGUGGCAACAGGCACCCAUGGAACUCUGGAAGCACCAUUGCCUACCUUGUCGUCGGUGGUGGGCUCAUUUUGCUCUUCUUUGUCUAUGACUUUAUCGUGUUCCCACGCUUGGCGUCGCGCCUCCACAAUACCCAGACUGCAAUGCCUUUGCUGCCCUGGCAUACCGUCAAGAUACUAGGUGUUUUCACGAGCUCCAUGGCUAACUUCUUCUGUACCUUCGCAUUUAACAUGCACGCAGUUUACUUGGUUCAGUUCUUCCAAAUCGUGUUUAACCAGGGAGCCACUGCGGCUAGUAUGCACAUGUGGGGGCUACUAGUCCCCACUCUGGUGACAAUCAUUGUCAUGGCUAGAAUAAACUCCAAAAUCGGUGUUCUCAAGCCUAUGAUUGUUUUCGGCGCAAUUUGUGGUGUGGUAGGUUCGGGGCUCAUGACAAUGUUCAAAGGCUCCACCACAACCGGCCAAUCGAUUGGUUACUCUAUCUUGCCCGGUAUCGCAUUCGGAGCCAUUAUGCAGGCCACCAUGCUGAGCGCCCAAGUCCAAAUUGAAAAAGACGACCCUGAGUAUCGCAUCAAAUUCAUCGAAGUCACCACCCUCAAUGCUUUCGUCAAGGCGCUCGGUUUAUCCUUUGGUGGUAUUGUGGGCACCAUGGUUUUCGAAACUACAGUUAAAAAUGAGCUUAAAAACUCGACCUUGUCGUUGCCCGACUUUGCAAGUAUUGAAUCUCUCAUUGCCUACAGAGCCACCCACUAUGACGGUUCGUCCUCUCCACUUGCACGCAUACUGACGAGAGGUGUUCGCAAUACGUUCCUCGCUGCCCUAGGUUGUUACUGCUGUUCGUUCAUUUUCAGCAUAUUUACCUCUAACAGACGUCUGGAGUUCGACACCAAAAAACCCGACCCUGAAAAGCCUGCCUUGGAUGAGGAUGCAGUUAACCUAGGUUCAAAAGAAGACGAAGAAGAAGCACAUUACGCAACUGCAAGUGUAUCGUCCAAUUCCAUCGAAAAAGAGGCGAGAGAGAUAAUAGAUAAGGAGGAUACUGCAGCUCGCUAA